CAAGCGUUUUGUUACCCUGAUCAUUAUCACCAAGGUAAACAAGAAUGGCGCCCGAAAUUCAGUUAGAAAUUUAUGGUCUGGUUAAUGACAUUAACUUCCAGCGUGCUAGAUUCUGUGCUCAGGAUUUACAGAACAAGAAUCCGGAUGUGUUCCCAAAUGCUGUUGCAGAAGGAAUGGUUGAGUUUGAAUGGGACUUGUACAUUGAAGCAAAAAGGAAGGAGUUGCGAGGAGAAACAUGGACAUUUCAAGAGAAGGCAAUUGCAUUCCAAAAUGGGAAGCUUAUUGGUGGACCUGAAGACUUUAUUAAAUGGGCAGUGGAGAAUUACAGCUAUGAGGAAUACAGACCCAAAGCACUUCUCCAAACACUUACAGAGGAAGCUUACAAAACAUGUUUGAAUGAUAAAAACCAUGAAUUUGUCUACAUGGACAUUGCGAUAGGAAACGAGCCUGCCGGGAGACUGGUUUUAGAGUUGUUUAGCGACAUAGUGCCAAAGACUUGUGAGAACUUUAAAGCUUUGAUCACUAGUGAGAAGGGCAAGUCUCCAACCACAGACUACAACCUGCAGUACAAGAACUCGCUGUUCCACAGGAUUGUUCGCAAUGGCUGGAUACAGGGUGGAGAUAUAUACCAUGGUAGAGGGAAUGGAGGGGAAUCAAUAUUUGGUCCAGUAUUUGAAGACGAGAACUUCGCGGUGCCGCACUCGAGACGGGGCGUGAUCGGCAUGGCCAACAAGGGCCGCCACACGAACGGCUCCCAGUUCUACAUCACCUUCACUCCCGCACGAUGGAUGGACACAAAAUAUGUCGCAUUCGGGCAGGUGAUCGAGGGCACAGAGACGCUUCAGAAGAUGGAGGCUGUCGAGACGAUGAACGAGCGUCCAAACACCGAGAUUAAGGUCACCGACUGCGGUGUCUGCACCUACGAGUUCUAGGCGCGCAGUUCUCACUGUUUGCUGCCAUCGCAACUCUUUUUACCAACUGUCUUAGGGGAAAUUUCAUUUGAAGCCUUCAGAAACUGUUUAAGCUUCCCUGGGUGCAUCGUUCGACAGUGUUGCACGCAAUUUUAUUUGAAGCUACUUACAUGGUGUUAUUUGUAAAUGAUCGAAACUGAUAUGUUUUUUUUAAUUAAACAAAUACAUAAAAUUGAUCGCAUGAGUAUGCUUCGUACACACUAAUGUUACCGUUCUUGUUCUUUAGUGACUGUAAUAGUCGUCUAUGUAUUUGUAUUUUGUCAAAAUAAUAGAAUGAUAUAAAAAGC